AUGGCUAUCAAACCCAUCACCGGCAUGCUCCGACGACAGGUCGUCCUCGACAUUUCUGUGGCUCUGGGUCUUGGCCUCACUGCUGGCUACGGUUGGUGGUACGGCUACCACGUCCCCGCCGUGCGUCACCGUGACGCUUUCUAUCAGAAGAUCGAAGAUGAGCGUGCGGCCGCCCUCGGCCAGAAAUAA